AGGCAAAUGCUUCGUGUUGGAAGAAUCUGUACGAGAUCGAAUUCAGCCCGUGCUGUAUUUGCAUUCCUUGCGGGUUCUCAACCUUUUGCUAGUCGCGACACCACGUAUCGCUUGGGCAGUAAGCUUCUUGGGACUAAGUGCACCGGCGAUGAACAUAUAGGAUUCCUGACCCAGAAACCUCGUGUUGGUAGUUGCGGCGCGUGCUUUUCCACUGCUACCGAAACAGUUCUGGUCCAAGCCCGUGACUCGUCUCAGCUAGCGUUGGAGAUAGAGAAUGCGAUCGAUCAGAAGAGGUUUGAUGAUGCGUGGAGGGCAUAUGAGAAGCAUCUUCACAUGGACGGGUUCCCAAGGAAGUCUGUUUUGGGUAAGCUCAUCACUGGCUUCGCGGUCACCUGUGAUGCUCACAGGCUUAACCAGUCAUACAAUGUGGUCCAUCAUGUGUCUCGAGACAAGGUUGAAUUGUUGGAGAGGGAGCCCCUAAUCUACCUAUCUCUUAUUCUAGCACGUUGCACUCUUCCUCAUCUUGCAGUCAAUGUUGUGAGGAAGUUAGUAAAGAUGGAAACAUACCCACCCGUCGCUGCAUGGUCUGCAAUCGUAGCACACAUGUGUCAAACUGCAACCGGUUCAUUUCUUGCUGCCGACAUGGUAAUGGAGAUUGGAUACCUUUUCCAGAAUAAUAGAGUUGAUCCGCGCAAGAAGAGCAAUCGUCCGUUGCUAGCAAUGAAACCCAAUUCAUUUACCUUCAGCAUAGUUCUGACAGCAUCCCUCUUGUUUGGUACCACUAAAAAGGCGGAACAGCUUCUUGAAUUAAUGCUCAGGAUAGGGGUGAAACCGGAAGCCAGCUUGCUGAUUGUCAUGGCCCGUAUAUAUGAAAAGAAUGGACACAAGGAUGAGAUUCAGAAGUUGAAGAGGCAUGUUGAUGAGGCAUGUGGUCUAAGUGAAUCAGAAUUCAGGCAGUACUAUGAUUGCCUGCUCUCCUGUCAUUUAAAAUUUGGGGAUUUGGAUUCUGCUGUGGAUAUGGUGUUGGAUAUGCUUAAAAAGGGUAAAAAUGCUAAACGGUCACUAGAAGCAGCUAAAGCAGUCCUCGAAGCAGUUGAGAAUAACAAAAUUUAUCUUCCUUAUGACAUAGCAGGUACUGAAAAUCCGGGUUCCCCAAAUAAAUCUGUGUCUACUGAUAGCCAAAUGCUGAACUAUGUUUCAUUCUUCAAAGACAAGAGCUUUGCAAAGCUUGAAUUAGAGGCGAGAGAAUUACACAAGCUAUUAUCAGAUAAGCUCCAGGAACAGGUUGGACUAGUUAAAUCUGAACAUGGUAUCCUCCAUCCAACUGAAACAAUGUAUGCGAAACUUGUCAAAGCUUUUCUGGAAGCAGAUAAGAUCAGUGCGUUGGCAUCAUUUAUUGUGAAAGCAAGCAAAGAAGACUAUCCAGUGUCUGUUGAGAGCUCUUUUGUUGUCCAAGUAAUAAGUGCAUGUAUUUCUGUUGGGUUAUUAGAGCAAGCACAUGAUCUUCUUGACGAGAUGAGAUUUUCUGGAAUUAGGGUUGGUUCUUCCAUUUAUUCGUCGCUCCUAAAAGCCUACUGCAAGGAGGGCCAUCAUGAAGAUGAUAUAACUGCACUUCUGAAGGAUGCUGAUCAAGCAGGAAUUCAGUUGGACUCAAGCUGCUAUGAACAUUUGAUACAAUCCAGGGCACAUCGCAAUAACACCACAGGUGCUCUCCAUCUUUUUAAUGAGAUGAAGAACUCAAACAUUCAAAGAUCUGGUCACAGGGAGUUUGAGAUGUUAGUACAAAGCUGUGAUAACAGUGAAGCUGCUUUGACGACUAAGCUAGUAGAAGAAGUCAGAAGUGGCCAUACGGUUAAUCAUGCUAUUCAUGACUGGAAUAAUGUUAUACAUUUCUUCUGUAAGAAGAGAUUAAUGCAUGAUGCUCACAAAGCACUGAGCAAGAUGCGUGUUUUAGGCCACAUGCCAAAUGCACAAACUUUCCAUUCUUUAGUAACUGGUUAUGCUGCUGUUGGUGGAAAAUAUGUGGAGGUGACGGACUUGUGGGGUGAAAUGAAAGUUCUGGCGAACUCCAACUCAAUGAAAUUUGAUCAAGAACUAUUGGACUCUCUGUUGUAUUGCUUUGUGAGAGGUGGUUUCUUUCUUCGAGCAAUGGAAGUUAUAGAAUUGAUGGAAAAAUGCAAGAUGUUUAUAGAUAAAUACAAGUACAAGUCCCUGUGGCUUAAAUAUCACAGAACAUUGUACAAAGGUAAAGCUCCCAAGGUGCAAACAGAAGCUCAAUUGAUAAGGAGAGAAGCAGCAUUACAUUUCAAGAGAUGGAUUGGGUUGACAUGAGAGUGAGAUUCUAUGAGCACUUCUAAAGUUAACCACAGAGCAUCCCCAAUUAUCAACUUGUGCAGGGGAAGAGGAACACUACGGCCAACGGGAGCUGAGACACUUCCGACGGAAUUGGUUAUCUUAGAUCACCUACAAGUAUACAGUUGGUGCUGCACUUUUAUCCCAUUUUUCCAAUAGCGAGCUCCUCUUAAGUGGCUUGGCUUGUAUUGACAUUUUGCUGAAGCUCCCACUGAACAUGUGCGCCAAGUUGUUAAAUGUUAGACAAACAGGCUUUCUGAUUUUUAGAAGGUGGAACAUUGCACUGCGAUGCGAGCUUUAAACUACUAUGUGCGAUGGUGCCCUCAGAAUGUGCUUAUGACUUACUAUUUGGCAUUUCUUUUCUCAGUUUCACUUACUGCAUUUCUAGCGUGCAUAUUUUUCUACUCUAGAUCAUACUAUAGGGUAAGAAUUAUAUAAAGUCAAAUCCUUUUAACUUAUUCUUUUCAUCACUUGUUUUAGCGAUGCUCUUUACCUAUAAGCUUUUCCCUCUUGUUUUCUCUGUCCCCGUUUACUAAUAACUGACAAGUCUAUUUAUAUGUAUUAUGAUAGGAAAUUGGUUGAAAACAUUGAAUUAUACAUACUCAGUUCACAAUAUAAAUAGCUUAGGACAUUGACACGUCUUCAAAGUAACACUUCGGUGGUAAUUUUUCAAAACAUAUGUUGUUUCAUAAAAGUAGUUAUAUAAUAUGGAAUUUAUUUCAUGACAAUUGUAGUAAUAUCAAUUUGAUAUUGUAUAAUAAUUGACACAGAUUCUAUAACUGCUUAUAAAUCAUGCCAUGUUCUCUGAAUCUAGUAAACAAAUCAUGCCAUGUUCUCUGAAUCUACUAAAUGGGGUGUACAGUUUAUCAUCCCCAUCAUUAUUUGUACACCCUGUUCAUUUUGGUGUGUUUGUGAUGACAUUUAAGAAUAAGCCCCCUGCCUAUGCUUUUGCAGGAUGGUGUGAUGAAGAAACUAGAAAGUUUUUCAAGCAUUCUUCAGUCAUUUGUGUUUUUUCACCUUGAUAUGCCAGCAGUAAGCUGAGUAUUUUCAAACAACAGGCAAGUUCUGGCAGUAGGAUUCCUAAGGCAAGUGCGAAUGGACCAAGACAACUUUGGUAUGAUUUGCACUGUAAGAAUGAUGGACCAGCUGCCUAUGAUGUCUUUUUUUUUAGCAUCGCUAGAGAAAGGUAUCCAAGUUCCACGAUCGAUUUAGGAAAGUAUCUCGUUGAAAAGAUGAUGCUCUAUUAAAGCUGGAGCAUAUCUCAUGGAUACUCAGCCCUUCGGCUAAUGUUCCAAAUGAUCAUGUUAGUUUGCGGGUUUCAAAAGAACAAGAUUCUGAAAAUUGACAUGUUCAGGUCUUAGCACUAUUCUUGUGCUAACAAUCUGAUACCGAUGGAAUUGGCCCUCAAAAUUGCAAGCAAGAUUAGAGUUGGCGAACAAUUUACAGUUUAUGUAGUCAUACCAAUGUGUCCUGAAGGAGUCCCUAUCACAGCCUCUAUGCAAGAAAUUCUUUACUUUUAGGCUCAGACAAUGGAGAUGAUGUAUAGAGUAAUUGCACAAGAGCUCAAGGCCAUGAAUAUUGAGAAUGCAAAGCUUCAAGAUUACUUGAACUUCUACUGUCUUGGCAAUCGGGGAGAACCAUCAACAAAUGGUAGUCCUGACUCAGACAAAUCUUCAGAUAGAAGUGCAGUGGUUGUCAGGAUCCUCCAGCUAGUCUGGACAACUACAAGCAGCACUCUACUGGAACCAGCGGCUAGGAUGGAAGAGGACCAGAGGAGAAGCAUCGGACGGCCAGAAGUGUGUAUGGACUGAGUCAAGACAAUCGCUAUCUGUAAUCUCUGUUUUAAUCGUUAAGUCACUCUUAAUUGUACUAAACAAUGCUUAGGCGCCUUUCCUUAUCGUGUGGUCGGAGGAGCUAUUCAGUCUAUCUCACCUCACCUGCAUGCAUUAUCCUCUCACCCAGUGCAGCUGCAUAAACCCUUGCCUGCAAGUUUGUACUUCAUGCAACUGAAGGCUGGAAUGUACAUCACCUCCUGACCUGGCUGCCAUGGCUUGUAAGAAUGCGUGUAAGCAACACCUCAAGUCCUCAACUUGCGAGAGCCUAGCCAGCUCCCUGUUUGGGCCGUUCU